AUGGAUCCAGACAGUUUUAUGACGAUUUACGGCACAUUUCGACGCGGGGACCGGCCCGCUUUGGGAUUCCAAGCGUCCAGCCUAGCGAGACCUCCCUCGUCGCUCCGCAAGGAGAUAAAGCAAGUUGGCUCGUUCUGCCCGCCGACCAUAAAUGCUAGAGCUCCGGCACUGUUCUUCUUUACCCCUAUCUCCCCUGUUGGUUUGAGACCGCGCGGGGCAGGACAGCUCAGUGAGGUGUGGCGGUUCGGUAACAGCCCUGUGCUCGCUUCUCUCUCGAUAUAG